AUGCUCACUGCUGCGCGGGUCCCCCCCAAAAACAGGUCGUAUCUCCCGACUGGAGAGCUGCACCGAGCCAGAGAGUACAAUGGCCUGCCGGACUUUGAUCCUAAGGCCCAUUCUCUCUUCAAGAUCCAUACCCACGUCACUCCGCAGGGCUUCAUCUUUGUCAAUUUCGACGCUCGAGACACUCCGGCGGUGAGUUUUGAGGAGCAGUUUGGUGAUGAUUUCGAGCCGAUGCCAGAGGCGGCCACCGGAAAAGUCGUCGGAAACGAGUUUGCUCUGUUUCCCACCGACGGUUGGGAGUAUGACCAUACUUGGAACAGCAGCGUCGGAGGAACUGAGUACAACUGGAAGACAUUCGUGGAUGGGUUUCAGGAAUGCUACCACUGCCAAACAGGGCACCCGACAACCUUGCCGAAAGAUUUCGCCCUUGACCAAUACUAUCUUCGUCAAGGACAUGGUGCAUCACGGCAUUUUCUGCCGCCAAAGAAGGAGGGGUUGUCGGAAGCAUACGUGAGUCUACGAAUCACGUGGUUGUACCCUUUAGGCGUCGUCACGUUCAGUGAGAAUCUCCUCUUCAUUGGGCGAUUCAAUGCUACCGGAGCACUCAAGACAUCCUAUGACAGCGAGACCUACCGGAGAUCGACCAUGAAGAAACCCAGUGCCGACUAUGACCAUUGGAUGCAGCAUGAUAUCGCGUACUGGAGAUUUGUGGAAACCGAGGAUGUCGAGUUGGCAGUCAAUGCCCAAAAGGGCUUCAAGAAUGGUGUCCUUGGGAUAGGCAGGUUGCACUCCGUUGAAGAACAUGCCGUCAAAUGGUACCUGGACAAAGUUCGCGCAAUCCUGGUUCAGCAUGCUGAACGUGAAAAAGCCGAAGGUAAAAACAUCGACUAUGCCAUACCCCAAGCCCAGGCGGAUGCUGUUGAGGAGGACACACUGUGCAAGCUAGUCGGCCCAGAGCACGAGUGGUAG